AUGAGCUCCAAAACAAUGGUUGCAGGGGUUCGCAUUCUUCUGGAGACUAACUCCGUCCCUCAAGUGCCCCAGCUUCCAAAGCCCGAGCUUCCACCACUUCCCACUUUGCCAAAGCCUAAGCUGCCCCAGCUGCCGAAGCCAGAACUGCCAACCUUGCCGAAGCCGGAGCUGCCAACAUUGCCGAAACCCGAAUUGCCACCGGCACCCCCAUGUUCCAACUUUGCCAAAGCCUGA